GUGCGACAUCCUCCCAUCGGAUGGGUACGAGACCACGGGUGCAUCACACGGUGGCUGUUCAUGUCGAUCCAUGCGGAGAGUACGCGGAUUUUGUACUGCGCUUCCGUGCGCCGAGCAGUAGCCUGUCGACUAAUGCCGCGUCAGGGGUUCCGGAAUCCGGUCACUCGGGCAUGCAUAUUCGAGAGCUGGUAUAAAAGACGACAGGGGUGCCGCCGAUAAGCAUCAUCUUUCGACCAGUUAGCAUCUCUACUUGUCUAGCAUCGCACAAUGAACGUCUUCGCCAUCGGUGCAUCUCGCAACAUCGGCUACCAUGCAGCGCGUCGACUGCUUGCCAAAGGCGCAAUAGUGACGUUCCUCCUGCGCUCGACCUCCGUCUUCGACGACGACGAGGCGAUUCAGCCUCACAUCCGUGCCGGAACCGCACGCCUCGUCAAGGGCGAUGCUUUGAAGGCAGAAGAUGUGAAGCGCGGCUGGGAGGCGGCACAGGGUGCCAAUAAUGAUACUGUCGACCUUGUCCUUUUCAGUGUCGGUGGGGUACCCUCAUUCUACGCGACGAAAGGCUUCAUCAUCACCCCACCAAACCUUUGCACUCAGUCCUUCCUCAACCUCGUCACCACCAUGCCCACCUCCCUCCGCGCACCCUCCGCGCAGCCGCGCUUCGUCGCCAUCUCCUCCAUCGGGCUCUCGCGCGCGUCGCAUGCUGAGCUCCCGCUCCUCCUCAAGCCGUUCUACGGCUAUUUCCUGCGCGGGCCGCACGCCGACAAGCUUGCGAUGGAGCGCGUCAUCGCUCACUGCGCAGGGUGGGAGUGGACGCACGAGACACCCGACACGGAGGCUCUCCCCUCGGAUUGGACGAAUCUACCCGGCCUGCCCGCGUUCGGCGAGCUGCAGCACGUCGUCGCGGUCCGGCCGGCGUUGCUGACAAGCGGGGCGUGCAAGGCGGACAAGAAGGAUGGGAAGGAGCCGUAUAGGGUCAAGGACUGCGAGCUCGGAGACGGGUAUACCGUCUCGAGAGAAGAUACCGCACAUUUCUUGGUGGAGGGGCUCUUGCCGCAUUGGGAUCAGUGGGAGGGAAAGCGGGCCCAUAUUGCGUACUAGGAUAGUCUACUGGGUAUUUUUCUGCGAUGUUGUAUGAUGCGUUUGUACUAAUAACUAGCAAUACAGUACGUGACUCGUGGUAUGAUGGCAAGU